CGCAAAUUCCACACUCCUCAGAUUUCAUUCAAUCCCACUCUCCCUUUUCCCGCAAACAAUGGCCGCCAAAGGAGAGAAGAAACCCGCCGAGAAGAAGCCCGCCGCCGAGAAAUCCCCGGCCGAGAAGAAGCCGAAGGCCGGGAAAAAGCUCCCGAAGGAGGCCGGCGCCGCGGCCGGAGACAAGAAGAAGAAGAGGAACAAGAAGAGCGUGGAGACAUACAAGAUCUACAUCUUCAAGGUGCUGAAGCAGGUGCACCCCGACAUCGGGAUCUCCAGCAAGGCGAUGGGGAUCAUGAACAGCUUCAUCAACGACAUUUUCGAGAAAUUGGCGCAGGAGUCGUCGAGGCUUGCGCGCUACAAUAAGAAGCCUACGAUCACGUCGCGGGAGAUCCAGACUGCCGUGCGAUUGGUGCUGCCCGGUGAAUUGGCGAAGCACGCCGUGUCGGAGGGGACAAAGGCGGUGACGAAGUUCACGAGCUCUUGAAUUUGUGCGUUCGUGGUACCUAGGGUUUCGCGCCUCUGGGAAUUGUGGAUCUUCUGGUAUUGAUUUGAUUUUAAUUUCAGCUUGUAUAAACAUGAUGCUUAUGAAUCGUUUAAUGGAAAUUGGAGUUUCGAUUAA